AUGUUUUUCUUCACAUCUUUUGCUGCCAGGGAUAGAAGUUACCUCAGUAUCUUUAGGUUGUGGCAGAAUGUACUAUUAGACAAGAGCUUGACCAGACAGGAAUUCUGGCAGCUGCUCCAAGAGAACUAUGGCACUGAGGUAGGCUUAAAUGCUGAAGAGAUGGAGAACUUGUCCCUGUCGAUUGAGGAUACUGUGCAGCCAAGAAGUCCAGGAAGAAGCAGCCUGGAUGACUGUGGGGAGAGAGAUGAAAAAUUAUCCAAGUCAAUCAGUUUUACCCGUGAAUCAAUUAGUUGGGUUUCAGAAUCAGAGUCAAUUGAAGGAAAUUCACCAAAAGGGGGGCUAGGGAAAGAGGAACCCCAAAGUGAGAAACAGAUCAAAAGUCCUUCACUAACUUCAGAAAAGAGGUUAAGUAGACAGUCAUCAAAAUCACUGGAUUUGAAUAAAAAUGAGUAUCUUUGUCUGGACAAAAGCAGCACUUCAGAUUCUGUCGAUGAAGAAAACAUUCUUGAGAAAGACCUUCAUGGAAGACUUUAUAUCAACCGUGUGUUUCAUAUCAGUGCUGAAAGAAUGUUUGAAUUGCUUUUCACCAGUUCACACUUUAUGCAAAGAUUUUCUAAUUCUAGAAAUAUAAUAGAUGUAGUAUCUACCCCCUGGAAUGUGGAACCUGGAGGUGACCAGCUGAGAACCAUGACUUACACUAUAGUCCUUAACAAUCCACUAACUGGAAAGUGUACCACAGCCACUGAAAAGCAGAGACUGUAUAAAGAAAGUCGGAAAGCACAGUUUUAUUUGGUAGAUGCAGAAGUGCUCACACACGAUGUCCCCUACCAUGAUUACUUCUAUACUCUCAACAGAUACUGUAUCAUCCAAUCUUCAAAGCAGAAAUGCCGACUGAGAGUUUCAACAGAUUUGAAAUACAAAAAACAACCGUGGGCUAUUGUCAAAUCUUUAAUUGAGAAGAAUUCCUGGAGUUCGCUGGCAGAUUAUUUCAAACAGCUUGAAUCAGAUUUGUUAAUGGAAGAAUCUAUGGUAAAUCAGUCCAUGGAAGACCCUGGAAAACUUACUGGCCUGCGAAGGAGAAGGCGAACAUUCAACAGAAUAGCAGAAACAGCUCCUAAACUUUCUUCUCAGCGUUCUUCUGGAGAUACGAGUUUAGAGGCCAAAGGGGAUAUUACAGGAAAGAAAAAGGAAAUUGAAAGCUAUAACACCGCCCUUGUUGUGGUGAUGAGUAUUUUUUUGCUGUUGCUAGUUUUGCUGAAUGUGAUGCUGUUUCUGAAGUUAUCAAAGAUAGAAUAUGCUGCUCAGUCCUUUUACCGUCUUCAUCUCCAAGAAGAAAAAUCUUUAAAUUUAGCCUCCGAUUUGGUGUCAAGAGCGGAAGCUGUUCAAAAGAGCAAAGGCCAGGCCCAUCACUUAAAACGAGUGCUCCGGGACUCCAUGGUGAUGCUGGAACAGUUGAAGAGCUCACUUAUUAUGCUUCAGAGAACCUUUGAUCUACUAAAGUCAUUCAAGCCACAUGGGAUUGCUAAAGUCAUUUUUGUGAUGCUCACAGAGAAAGAAAAGUAUUGA